AGUUUAAGAUUUCCACCCACCCCCUCUUUGGCGCUGUGAAGGCACUUGCACAUUUGUGUGAGCGACUGACUGAUGCCGCUCAGUGUCUUUAACUGGUGGGUGAUUAAGGGCGGAAGUCGUCCGGAUAUUCUAAAAUUUGCUAAUUAUUAGGAGAGAAAUGAGAGAAGUCACAAUAAGAGCUGCCUUUAUGUUCUUUUUGUCUGCAAAUCUGUGUCGAAUUCUCCCUGGUGUGCUAGACACUGUUGUAGGACCUUGAAGUUUGCUCCUCAUUCAUAAAAGCAACUUCCACGUUUCUUCUAGAUAGAUGUUAAAGUAGCUUAAUCACAAAAUUAUAAUUCCAAGAUCUGAAAGGGACUUAAAUCAACGAUUUUCAGGUGAAGAUAACACUUUUAUUCACGUAAGAGUUAUGAGAGUCCACCGGUGACUAUGUUCUAAGUCUGCAAUUGGAAGACAGACAUGACCUCCUACGCAGCACCAGUAUGCAUGAGCGAGUGAACCGAACAGAAAGACAAUUUCGAUCACUUCCAGCUAACCAACAGAAACUACUUCCUCAGUUUCUUCUUCACUUGGACAAGAUCCGGAAAUGCAUUGAUCAUAAUCAAGAAAUACUACUGACCAUUGUGAAUGAUUGCAUACAUAUGUUUGAAAAUAAAGAAUAUGGAGAAGAUGGGAAUGGAAAGAUUAUGCCAGCAUCUACAUUUGACAUGGAUAAGUUAAAAUCCACAUUGAAACAGUUUGUGAGAGACUGGAGUGAAACUGGGAAAGCAGAAAGGGAUGCCUGUUACCAGCCAAUCAUUAAAGAAAUUUUAAAAAAUUUUCCAAAAGAGAGAUGGGAUCCUUCUAAAGUAAAUAUUCUGGUACCUGGUGCUGGACUAGGAAGACUGGCCUGGGAAAUAGCUAUGCUAGGUUAUGCUUGUCAAGGAAAUGAAUGGAGUUUUUUUAUGCUCUUUUCUUCCAACUUUGUACUCAACAGAUGUUCUGAAAUUAAUAAAUAUAAACUUUAUCCUUGGAUCCAUCAGUUUAGCAAUAACCGGAGAUCAGCUGAUCAAAUUCGACCCAUCUUUUUCCCUGAUGUUGACCCCCACAGUCUUCCUCCUGGUUCUAACUUUUCUAUGACAGCAGGAGAUUUUCAGGAGAUUUAUUCAGAAUGCAAUACCUGGGACUGUAUUGCUACCUGUUUCUUCAUAGACACAGCUCACAAUGUAAUUGAUUAUAUUGAUACAAUAUGGAAAAUACUCAAGCCAGGUGGAAUUUGGAUAAAUCUAGGUCCUCUGCUGUACCACUUUGAAAAUUUGGCAAAUGAACUUUCCAUAGAAUUGAGCUAUGAGGAUAUAAAAAACGUUGUUCUGCAGUAUGGAUUCAAGGUAGAGGUGGAAAAAGAAUCUGUGUUGUCAACAUAUACUGUGAAUGAUCUCUCUAUGAUGAAAUACUACUAUGAAUGUGUCUUGUUUGUGGUCCGUAAGCCACAAUAAUGGUCUCAAGUGAUACCACCUGGAAAAAAGUUUAGUAAGAACAAAUGCUGAAAUAAACGACUCAAAAUCAACUAUCAGUGAUGACAGGACACAACCUCAAAUCAGUGGUGCCUUCUUAUUCCUAAUGAAAUUUAGAAAUAGUGUCUAUUUUCUUAAUAUGUCUAUUGCUUUUUCAGAAAUAUACUAUGCCAUGCAGAUUUGUACUAUACAAGUAAAAAUGGAGGAAAUGUCUUGAAGUAUACCUUUCCUUGAAGCCCAGAAUUGUGUUUCAGUAUGAAAAAUACCUAAUCUCCAAUGUCUUCAUGAUGCUGUCCAUUACAAGUCUGCCGUAUUAAUGACUAAUAGUAUUGAGGUCCUAAUAAUCUUCCCUUUUUUUGUUGUUUUGUAUGCAUUGCACAUGUUACUUUUAGAAGAGUCUAAGGAUCCUGAGUCAUAUUCAACAUCUUCUGGAGUUGGGACUUUAUUCACUUUCAAUCUAAGAAAACUAUGCGUAAAAUGUGUCCUUUUUUUUUUUUUUUUUUUUUUUUUUUUUUUUU